GCGGGAGGAGGCGAGUCUCGGGUGUUGUCCCCGCCGGGGGGGCGGGCCGGGGCGCGGGCUCAGCGAGAGGCGGCGGGGCCGCAGGAGGCCGCACCAGGCAGCGCGACGGGGCCGGCGGCUCGGCCCGAGCCCGAUUUGGUGUUCUGAAGUAUCUACAGGGCUUCAGAUAUUUACCAGACCAUCUACUGUUGGAGAACUAAAUCUACUAGUCAGAGUGAACAGAUAGUGGCAGUUGAUUUCCUGGAGAACAGUGUUAUUGCACCUGUCUACAUGGGCAGAAGAGCUGAGUUGUCAACACACAGAGAAAAGCAUCAAGAUGCCCAUAGUGCAGGCCAGGGGUGGAUCAGUCCGUAAAGCAAAGAAAAUUACUGUAAAAACAUCUUUAAAUAACCCAUAUAUCAUCAAGUGGCAUACCCUAGAAAGAGAUGAUGUGCACUUUAUACUCCAGACCUUGGAAGAAAGCAUUAAACACGUUGGACUUAAAAAGAUUGAGACUCGAAGGAGGAAAAAGCGUUCUAUUGCAAAAAGGCAAAUUAAAGAAAAAUGUGAUGCUAGUGAUUGUAGUGUACUUCCAAAGGAGAAGGAAAUAGACCAUAUUCAACAAGAACAAGGAUGGACUGACUUAAAUGUCAGGAAACAGCUUGCUAUUGGAAUUAAUGAGGUUACUAGAUCUUUGGAAAAAAAUGAACUACUUCUAGUGCUGGUGUGUAAAUCUGCAAAACCUACUAUGAUCACCAUGCACCUUAUUCAGCUCAGUGCAAGUCGAGCGGUCCCCGCUGGGCAGGUUCCACGUCUUAGUGAAAGCAUAGCACCUAUGCUUGGCUUAACAUCUGUUCUAGCACUGGGUUUUAAAAAGAAUUCUGAUACUUUUACUGAAGUAGUCGAAGCUAUAAUACCACGGAUACCUAGCUUGGAUGUGCCCUGGAUUCAUCACAGAAGUGAGCAACAUAUGGCAGAGGCAUAUACUGAUCCUUUGGAAAUUCAAGAUACCGAGCUUAUGGAGACCUCAGUGGAGGAGUUCUCUCAAAGCCAUAAGUGGAAAUGUACUGAAAGCAGUAAGUCGGAUUCUUCAAAUGUAACUUUACAAGCUCUCAGAAUUAAAAAGCUUGUUCCAAAUCCAAACAAGAUACGAAAACCUCCCAAAAAUAAAAAAGCUGCUUCAAAAUAACUUAGUUUAGUACAGGUCUUUACAGUGGGAGUAAAGUGAUUUUUUAUGUAGUAUUGGAAACUGCCCCAUGUAACUAAGUUAGCUGCUUUUAAAUGUCAUGGCUUCAGCUGUAAAGUCAUUUGACCAAUAGAAGAUGAACUCAGACUUGUUUUGUUCUGACAUUAAAGCAUGCAAUCUAUAAAAUUGUGCAUAAGUGUUAACCGCUUUCCUGCUUAAUUGUUUUUUAGAGAGCCUGGGCUUACUGGUGUGUAGUAUAAUUCUAGAAUGUGCAUUUGCUAUUAAUGAAAAGCAUCAAGCAAAUCCUUUUCGUUUUAGGGAAUGACUAUACUUAGAACAAAACUCUAAAAUUAAAUGUAACUUUUCAAACAAAUGAAUAUCAAAAUUGAAAGUUUAUUCAAACAAGUGUCCAUGCUGGUAUAAACUUUAUUUUUUAAAAGCUGGUCAUUUAUAAGAUGUUUCAAGCAAACAUCUGUAACUGGUAGGCACCCACACACUCUGGUUUUGAAUGUUAAUACUCUGCUCUACGAGGUUGGUUUUGGUCAAGAGAUGCAUGCUAAACUGGUUUCCAGAUAUAUUUGGUCUCUGAUAUGCUAAAGGAAAACAUUAGUCUUGAUCAACAUAUGAAUAAUUAAAUACUUCUGUUGCAGGAAAAAUGCAUUUUAAAAAAGACUGUUGUAUGCAAACUGAGACAUUCUCUCACAUGAUCCACAUAAUACAAAGACGAAGUUAACUGUCAAAAUUAUUUCACAAAGGGAGUUUAGAAACUAUUUCAUGUAAAAUGGCAGGUGAGAAUUGUAAUCAUUCCAAAUAGCUGAAAAUGGAAUGAUACUUGAAGAGAAAUGCACCUUAAGAAACUGCUGUAGUAAGCAGUAGAAUGUAAUGAGAGCACACACCAGAUAUUUUGCAGGAAAUUGUGUAAGGAUGUUUAGAAGGUAGGGAACAGUGAAGCAGCUCAGACUGCAAUAAAAAAAAAAAGUGUAUAAUCUCAACAAAAUAGAAGUAAUUUACUUAGAUCUCACAUUUUACUCAAAAGCUACUACUGUCCUUCAGGAAGAAAGCUAGCAAAAACCUCUUUCUUUAAGUGAGCCUGUGUUUAUUUUUUUUAAAUAGGAGAGAAACUUCUAUGUUCCAGGUCAAAGAUUAUCUAGGGUGCCUGUAUUCUGGAUUUCCCUUUUCUCUCCACUCAUGUACAAGUUAUGGGGACAAAUUAAAAAGGGUCAAAAGCAGUGAUUCCAUAGUAAGGAGGCUAGCUGAAGGUUAAACUGCAACAGAGGCUUCUAAUAGCAAAAUGCCUGGGGGAAAAAAAAAAAAGGCAGAUACUAAUUUUUAGCCAUGCUGUGUGUGUUCUUUGGGCUUGUCACUCAGGAAAGUUAAAGUGAAUCAACUAAAAGGGUAAAUUAAAGCACAUUACCACCCCAAUAGUUGUUCUCAUUCACAAAUAAAAUGGCCUUAGUUUCUUGUAGUUUAAGAUAGUUUCCCAAGCAGUGGGUUGUGGGAAGGUUCUAGAUGGAUUGCCAAGUCCAGGGUCAGAAUAACCCAUUGCUGAGCCCAGACUUAGGCUAACAUAUACUUUUCCCAGCUUGGUGCGGAUGGGAGGCCCCAAUGCGGUAGGGGUGUUGGAGAGAAAACCUGCCCAGCUCUCACCCACAGCAGCAGCAGUUCUUGUCCUGUGGGACUCGGUCCAGUUCCCCAUGCUGGGUGUUGCAGCUUGUGGUCAGGGGCGGCUCUAGCAUUUCCGCCGCCCCAAGCAGGGCGGCACGCCGCAGGAGGCGCUCUAGCGG